AUGCCGGCCGCGACGAGCGUCAAGAGCGGCGUGCCCGACGAUGCAUUGCUGUCCGACAAGGAGCGGCCGGAAGACGAGACUUGCGACUUGGGACACUGUACACUGCGUGUGCGUGUACGCGUCUUUCCACGGUGCGAGAUUGCCAAUGGUCAGCGCGGCAAGCUGCACGAUCCCGGGGCACAGGGACCCAAGGGUAGGGGCGGGUUGUUGACCUACACCGAACUCGCCGAACCCCACGCCUAG